AUGUGGAUGGUUAGGCCGAGCUGCUUACUGGUGGCAAGACGAAUCGCUGGCUAUUCAAGAUGUCUGAGUUGUAAUGCAUGCGGAGUUGAUUUGCAGAAGCAAGACCCUACUGGUAAAGGUUACUACAUUCAGCCGAGCAAACACGAAACAAACUUUCAGAAGGAAAUUGAGGCUGUCAAAUAUAUGCUAUUUAGCCAAGAUAUUCAGGUUUUGAAAGAUGCGGGAAAGACCCAGUCGCAAAAGGAAGAACAUUCACUGAUCUGUAAGAGGUGUAACGAUGCGUUGCAUCAUAAUAAGUACGAUUUGCGAGACUUUCCUCGAACUUCUAUUCCACAGUUAUAUGAAAGCAUCCCAUUAGGUGGUAAGCUUCUGCAUGUCGUUCCGUUUUCUGAAUUUCCAUUGGGGUUAUCAAAGAAAGUUCUCACUGAUAGAAAGCACGAUGCAUCGUUGCUACUAACGAAAAGUGAUCAAGUGCUGUCCAGUAAGGGGACGCUGUCGAAAUAUGUUCCUCAAUUUUUGCAAGAUUUUAUGAAGUAUCAAAUGGGAUUAACGACAAAUAAAACAAUUGCUAUGUCAUCUCUAAGAAAUUGGAAUAUUGAACUUCUAAAUGCAUCUUUACGGAAAAUGACAUUUUUAUUUGGUUGUGCAAAUGCUGGCAAAUCGACAUUAAUCAACACUUUGAGCAAAAAAUAUACGGGCCAUAAAGUCAACUUCCACAAACAAGGAAACUUGCUGGCGAUUGAUGAGGAUGUUAAAAAUUCAACUAAAUCUCAAAUGGCAGGCGUAUCCCACAUCCCCAAUAUGACGAGAGCUCUACAGGGAUAUCAAAUACAAGAUAAAGUCAUAUUUGAUUUACCAGGUUACACCGAAGACAUGGAUGCCGCAUAUUUAGAACAAAUAGUACGUAAGGAUUGGAUAAAAAGAGUGAGAGAUACCGCUUUGUUCAAACAUGAGAGACUCAAGAAGAAAAAUUACGUCACAUUGAAAGGUACUGAGCAAGGUUCAUGUUAUACGUUAGGUGGAUUAUUUUUCAUUGUUCCUCCAAAGGGAACUAUAAAUCAAAUUGUGAACUAUAUUCCUGGUGAAUAUUCCAUUUAUAGGAACAUAGAUAAAGCGUUAGAAGUGUUCAAAAAUUGUAAUGCUAAUUCAAACCAUGCAUUGGAUAAGUACUGCGGUAUAUUAUCUUCCACCUGCACUAAAGAAGCAUACAUUCGUCACAUAAUACCUCCUUUUAGAGGAAGUAUAGAAAUUGUCUUCAAAGAUAUCGGUUAUGUGCUCCUUAGAACCACCGGCAAAUUCGACUUCAUGGGAUUUCACGAAGUAUGGGCACCCAGAGGAAUCAAAGUAAUAAUCAGAGAGCCAUUGGAAAAGACCAUUCGAGCAUCAAGUGAACUAUAUAUUCAAUCGAAGGGAGUCCAGCCAGCAUGUCCUACUGAUAGAAUGUUUUUCAGUUCAACGUACGAAAUACCAUUCGGCGAAACUGAUAUUCUAUCUAAGAUGAAAGAAAUGUAUUUGGAAAGGACAAGGGGCAAGAAAAAUUGUGUUGAGAUUGGAAAUGAAGAUCCAUUUAUUAUAAUUGAAAGGUACAAGGCUAAUACUUUGACAAACCCGUUUUGGUACUAUAAUUUUUGA